AAAAUAGCCCUGCCCCUCGCCCUUAUCUCAGCUAAGAGCAGCACCCAGCCCAGCUCAGAGGGCAAUGGAACAGGUUCCAGAGGUCCUGAGGAGGUCUCCACUGUUGAAGUUGUGGCACCAAAGGCUUCCAGCCUUGGCCAAUCAUCUGCCCCUGAGGUCAUAGACUCCACUCCCAUGUCUUGCCUUUGCUUGCUUUGGGACAGACUCUGCAUAGCCACCAGGCUACCACCCUGGAGGUGAAAGCCAUGCUCAUACCUUAGCAUUCCCCAUGAUGCCUCAGCCUAGUUUCUCUUCCCACUUGGACACGAUGUUUGCCAAUUCUUCAGCCAAUGCCUCUUCCAACAGCCCUGUGCCCCAGUGCCGUGACUAUCGGGGUACACAUCGUCUGCAUAUGGUGGUCUACAGCCUGGUGUUGGCGACUGGUCUCCCUCUCAACGCUCUGGCUCUAUGGGUCUUCCUGCGUGUGCUGCGCAUAAACUCGGUGGUGAGCGUGUACAUGUGUAACCUGGCAGCCAGCGACCUGCUCUUCACCCUGUCACUGCCCCUGCGCCUCUCCUACUAUGCACGGCACCACUGGCCCUUCCCGGACUUCCUGUGCCAGACGUCGGGCGCCAUCUUCCAGAUGAAUAUGUACGGCAGCUGUAUCUUUCUGAUGCUCAUCAACGUGGACCGCUACGCGGCCAUCGUGCACCCGCUGCGACUGCGCCACCUGCGGAGGCCCCACGUGGCGCGGCGGGUCUGCCUAGGCGUCUGGGCUCUCAUCCUGCUGUGUGCCGUGCCCGCCGCCCGCGUGCACAGCCCGUCCACCUGCAGGUACGAGAACAGCACCGUGAGCCUGUGCUUCGAGAGUUUCAGCGAUCAGCUGUGGAAGGGCGGGCUGCUGCCGCUCCUGCUACUGGCUGAGACUCUAGGUUUUCUGCUGCCGUUGGCGGCUGUCGUCUAUUCGUCGGGCCGGGUCUUCUGGACGCUGGCGAGGCCCGACGCCACUCAAAGCCAUCGGCGCCAGAAGACCGUGCGCCUCCUGCUCAUCAACCUCAUCAUCUUCCUGCUGUGCUUCGUGCCCUACAACGCCACGCUGGCUGUGUAUGGGUUGCUGAGAGCCAACCUGGUGGAAUCCAGCCUUGAGGCCCGCGAUCAGGUGCGCGGUGUGCUGAUGGUAAUGGUGCUGCUGGCCGGCGCCAACUGCGUGCUGGAUCCGCUGGUGUACUACUUCAGUGCCGAGGGUUUCCGAAACACCCUUCGCAACCUGGGCACCGCGCUCCAAACGAGGCCUCCGGCUACCAAUGGGGCUCGAGGAGUGCUCACCGAACCACCCUCAGAAACCACCCAAAACACAGGGCAGGACGCCACCAGUCAGGGGUUACUCCAGUCUGGCAAUCUGGAAACACAUAUCACCCAGAGCCCCCAGGAUUCAGCCCUCUGAAAGGACACAGUGUCACAGUGUACUCUUGGGCCUCCCUUAGGGUGUACAUUUCAGGGAGGUGAGCUGGGACUUUGAAGCAACUCCAGUCCUAGUGUGCAGAAGGAAAUAAGUGUGUAAGCAAAGGCAGGAAAGCCAGAGUAUUGCUGGUGACGCAUUAGCUCUGGUUUUCAUUCGGAGGAAGUCUGCUCCAGUAAGGAGGAAGCCAUGUGGUGAGUAUGCCCAUGGCUAAGAGCUGAUACAUGGAAGAGAAGCUGGAUCUCCUGAAUUUAGGUCAUCAGUCUGAGAACUGAAGAUUCCCUGACCUUGGUGAAUCAACUACACAGAAAUUCAUCCGUCACCUUCAAAUACAAAACUUAGGGUUGGUGGUGGAACCUAGAACCCACUGUCUGCAUAUGUAGGGCCACCACAUUCCCUUUGAACCCCAUCCCAGCCCCACCUGCUGCCUUCUGUGCUGACGUGAGGGCCAUGGACGCCAGGCCACCUGCCCUCACAUCUA